AUGGGUAUGGUGAUUACUGUUGUUGAAGGUGAGAAACCUGGAAAUGUGCCGGAAGAGGUGAAACUGCAGAAGGCCAGCAAACAGAUUGUGCAGACUGCCAUCCUGCGCGCUGUGCGGCAGGUGUCCCGGGAGAGCCGGCGGGAGGAGGCAGCCCGCGGCGGCGGCGGCGGCCGGGGCCGGGUCCAGCUGGGCGUGGGCGAGUUAACUAAGAAGCACGAAAAGAAGUAA